AUUUUAGCAGCUGUUUUCACGUACAGUAUUGCCGAUCACACGCUGUGCGCAGUCUCGUAGAAGAGAAAUAUAGUUUAAAUUCUUAAAUACUACCGCUGUUUCUUGUUAAGAUACUAUUCGUUUUUCCAAUGUCCCAAAUUUAUGAUGAAGCGGAUUCCGCAUAUGCAACCGCAUGCAGCGACGUUACUAUUUGUUCAAAUAAUAAAGGUUUCUUCAAGCAGUUGUCGGAUGAAAUCAUGAGUAUAGCGGACACAGAUGGCUGGAUCAAUACUUUCGAAAAACUGGAUGAUACGCGGAAAGUCUCUGCUGUCAUGGAGAAUUCUAUGAUAACGGACACUUUAGAAGAAGUAUUUUCACGUAUUACGCCACUCUUCCGUGGUAAGGAUGCACGAGUAUCUUAUGAGAAACGUUUAGCUGCCCAAGCCGCCCUAAAGGAUGGUGAUUUGACUAAAUCAUUAGCACUAGCUAGUCAAGCUGUUCUACGAGCGCCGAUGACAGGUGUCGAAGAAGUUAUAGACGGAGGUGUAUCGCUAGCACUUGCUCUUUGGGUCCGAUCAGAUAUACUUCUUAAGUUAAAUAAAUAUAAAGCUGCACUCGUCGACUUAAAACUUGCUUUAAAAGAACGUCUUCCUGCAAAAAUUAAAGCGCAGUACUAUUGGCGCAUGGGACAUUGUUAUAGAGGUGCUGAGGAACCUUCAAGAGCUAAAGUGUCAUAUGAAUUAGCGAGAAGAUUACUAAGCAAUGAUGAAAACUCUAUAAAACAACUCAAUUCAGACAUAAAUUCGUUGGAAUGUUCAGUGCAAACUAAAUUAAACCCAGAAAAAAAAGCAAUAUUGUUAACGGGAGGAGCAAAAUUAAAUGUUCCGACGCUAUCUAACUUAGUGAAAGUUAUCGAAGAAGAGCGUAAGGGUCGCUAUGUAAUAGCAAACAAGGCGGUCCAAACAGGUGAUGUUCUUUUGAUCGAUAAACCAUAUGCGGCAUGUUUGAUAUCCGAUUAUUAUGGCUCGCACUGUCUCCAUUGCUUCAAAAGACUGGAGAGCUGCGUGGAUGAAGCGCCAAUUUGGUGUACUAAUUGCUCUGGCGUGGCUUUUUGUUCAGUCGAAUGUCGCGAUAAAGCAGUUUCAUCAUACCAUUUACAUGAGUGCAAAUUCAUCGAUCUUUUUGUGGGAUCAGGUAUGUCUGUAUUGAGUCAUAUCGCGUUACGGAUGGUUACUCAAGCGGGUCUCGAAACGAGUUUAUCAAUACACUCAAGUUAUAUUAGUAAUCAGUUAAAAGUUAUUGAAGGCACGGUUCUUAAUGACAUCGAAGGUAAUGAGAAAAGGUCAAAAAUGAAAAGCAGGAAAGAAAGGCUCAACAGAUCAAAGAAAUACUUAAAGAGUUUUGAAGAUAAAAACAACAACAAUUGCGAGGAAGUUGUGAAGAAUAAUGAAGACAAUACAAGUUAUCACGAUCAUCUUGAAAUGACAGCUGCCCAAAUUUACUCAUUAUGUACUCAUUCCCAACUGAGAAAGGGGUCAGAUUACCUCAAAAGAAUUGUUAUGUCAAUGUUCCUUACAGAAUGUUUGAAAAAAGGAGGCUUUUUUAAUAAGUUAAAUAAAGAAGAUUCAGCUAAAGCUCAAAUAUCGAUAUGUGAACUUAUAGUUCGCAAUCUACAGCUUCUUCAGUUCAACGCACAUGAAAUAUAUGAAACUGUGAGAGGGAAGCAUUUAUUUACCGGAUCAAAACCUGUAUACAUUGCAGUAGGAAUAUACCCAACGGGUGCCUUAUUCAAUCAUGAGUGCUAUCCGGCCGUGGCCAGAUACUUUGAUGGCCGUAACAUAAUCCUUCGUGCGAUCCGACCCUUGUCACCUGGUGAAACGGUUUCAGAAAACUAUGGGCCACACUUUCUUAUUCGAAACCUGAGGGAAAGACAACGAGCUCUGGCUUGUCGAUAUUGGUUCAAAUGCGAAUGUAUCGCUUGUAGGGAAGAAUGGCCCCUUCUCAAGCAAAUGCGGGAUGAUUUACCUCCAUAUUUACGAUGCUCUAGUCCCAGUUGCUCCGGGAAGUUCCAAGCAAGUCUAAAAUGUCUACCGAACAAGUGUUCAAAGUGUUCGUCGCCAAUUGAUGAAAAUUUAGUAAAGAAUAAUUUACUUAUAAUUGACAAAUGUUCCGCUGACUAUCAAGAGGGAGCAAAGUUAAUGGAAAAAGAAUGCAUUUUAGAAGCCACUUCGACCUUGUGUGCCGCUGUGGACUCCUUGCACGAAAUUGGACGACCACCACAUCGUGAAACCCAUCUUGCGCAGGAAUCUCUACGCACUCUCUUUGCCGCAAUGGGCAAUACAUACCGUGUUCAAAUCAAUGAUUAAGAAGAUCAGUAGAUUUCCAUACCUAUUUAAAACAGCAAAAACAAUAGGACAAAUCCUAUCACCACUCCUCGACAACACUCCUCUUACGGUCGUCCCCAAUAUUCACUCUAUUUCCGGAUGUAUUACUUGAGAUAAAAAUCUUAACUUUAGUUGACUUCUCUGUCCCAAUAAACUUAUGGACGGUAACUCACCUUAUCCGUACAGGCUGUCUGUCAAUGGGACGACGUAUAGCUAACCAGUGAUAGAAGUUUGUACGGAAAUUGCAAUUCACGCGUCCCAAUAUAAGGCGAUAAGAAUGACUUGUCGGGUAUAUUGGGACAGCUUCAGAUUAUUGACAGUAGAAGGUAGUAAUUUAUCUCGAUCUGUCUUUGUCUAUUGGGUAUCGAAAUAACGAGCCAUUGACAAGUCCCCGGCCAACUGGAAGGAAAACUCAAAUAGAUUUAUAAAAUUUGGAGGUUCUUCAAAACAGAAAGGCAGUACUUCAAGUCAGCCCACAACUAUUGUUCAUAAUAGCACAAGUGCAGCCACUUAUGGAGUAUCGCUCCCAUCUCUGUUCUGUUACACUUAAGACAGUGGGCCAUACUUAAAGUUGCUGGACUGGCCAUUUGUAAUACAAUUAUUUAAAAAGCAUUACAAUAUUUGAAAAUAGAUUACCCCGAGAGUAGGUAAUUUCAGUUUGUUCAUUUGUUUUUAAGUUGUGAUAUCGUUUUGAAAAUUGUGUGGUGGCAAUUCAAUGAAUUUUAUUCAAGAGUAUAUUCACGCAGUUUGCUAGAGAUUUCAACUAGCAUUUCGUAAUGAAGCUACAUUUUGUAGCUCUGUGAAUUCAUUGAAUCCAGACAUCGACGGGAUCAUUUCUGUGACAAUUUUCGUGAAGGUCGACUUGUAUAAUUAUCGAAACUAAUAUUAAUACCAUGCGACAACGUGAAAUUGACAGAAAAAUAACUAACCAGAAAAUACGCAUUUAUUAGGUAUUGGUAGAAGCCAAGUGCAGAUUUUGAUAAUGAUAAUUAAUUAAUACAAAAUAUGAUUUGAAAGUAGCCGUUUAGAUGGUCGUCCGAUGGACUGUUUUAAAAAUGAUUCCAUAGAAUUGAAGUAUGCAAAUAAUGAAAGAAUAUACUUUUAAAAAUAUCACAAACAUAAUAUUAUUCAUCAUCCAGAAACUGACAGUAUGACCAAGGUAUCAGCCGGUAUCUAAUUUCUUUACUAGAAUGAUUAGAAAUAGAAUAAAUAAAUAGACAUUUAACA